AUGCCUGACCGCCUGGAUGCUCCUAACAGAUGGACAGGGCGAGUGGGAGAAGGAAGAGAAGAAGAAGGAGAAGGAGAAGGAGAAGCGGUGUUUGAGAGGCCCCAAAAGGCACGAGGCCGGUCGUUUCUUGAGAACUCUCAAACGCCAGGGCGCAGGGGAGCAGGAGGAGGAGAAGAGGAGGAGUUUGAGUGGGCUCGGAAGGGACAAGGGGGGUAUGGGAGCCAAGGCAGCGAAGGUAGUGCGGGCAGUGGGGACGGGGAGGGGUAUGAUGAGGAAGAGCUGUUUGGGUGGUCGUCUGCUGAUGACUUGGAAGCGCAGCUGCAGCGCGAGGAGCAUAGGUCCGUGUAUGUCCCACGGGCAAGGGCCCCCAGAGGGUUGCAGCAGCAGCAGAGACAAGUGCAGGGGCAAUCGCAAGGUCAGCAAGGAGCUAGGCAGGAGCAGUAUCAGCAGGAGGAGCAACAACAGCGGGGACAGCAGGAGCGGCAGCAGCAGCAUGAGCGGCAGCAGGAGGAGGAGGAGGAGGAGGAGGAGGAGGAGGAGGAGGAGGAGGAGGAGGAGGAGGAGGAGGAGAAGGAGGAGGAGGAGGAGGAGGAGGAGGAGGAGGAGGAGGAGGAGGAGGAGGAGGAGGAGGAGGAGUGGGAAGGACACUACUCCGAGACCCCCACCACCCCUCCGAUCGGUUACCGUGAACCCCCCUUCUCCCCCUUCGGCCCUGCCACCAUGUCCCGCCCCUGGACCGGGCGCGCCCCGCUGAAAAAGGCGAAAAAAGGGGGCGGGGUGGGUAAUUUACCCCGGGUGAUUCCGGAGUUUGACUCGUUUGUGGCGCCGAGGCGGAAGAGGGGGAUGAAGGGUGUGCAGCCCCCAGGGCCGUUUGGCGAGGGGGAGGGGCCACGGUAUGUGCGGACUAGAGAGGAGGUGCUGGGGGCGCCGCUGACGAGGGAGGAGGUGGAGGAAAUGGUUGCUGACUGCAACAAGGGAAGGCGACAGGUCAACCUAGGUCGCGACGGGCUUAUUCACAACAUGCUAGAGCUCAUUCACACGCACUGGAAGCGGCGGCGGUGUGUGAAGGUGAAGUGUAAGGGCGUGCCAACUGUUGACAUGGACAACGUGUGCCACGUGGUGGAGGACAAGACGGGUGGCAGGAUCAUCAAGAGGCAGGGCGGCACCCUCUAUGUGUUCCGAGGGCGUAACUACAACUACCGCUUGCGCCCGCGCCUGCCGCUCAUGCUGUGGAAGCCCCCUGCGCCCAUCUACCCCAAGCUCAUCCAAGACGCCCCUGGGGGGCUGACUCUGAGGCAGGCGCAAGAGCUGAGACGCAUUGGGAGGAAGAUCAAGCCCCUGUGCAAGCUAGGCAAGAACGGAGUGUACCACCGGCUGGUGGGCUUGGUGCGGGCAGGAUUUGAGGAGGCAGAUCUGGUGCGGGUGGACUGCAAGGGCAUGAACAAGAGCGACUACAAGAAGAUCGGCGCAAAGCUCAGGGACCUGGUGCCAUGUGUCCUGCUCUCAUUCGACAAGGAGCAGAUCCUCAUGUGGCGUGGGCUGGACUCGCAGGAACCUUCUCCUGAAGCUUCCCCAGAAGUAACCUCGGAAACUUCCACAGUGGCACAGGCAGAAUCAGCCAUUGCAGGUUCAGUGGCAGACGGGGGAGGGAACAAUCCGGCAGGAGAAAUUGCAGGCGGGUUGGUGGGAGGUGGGAAGGUGGGCAUGGGGGCUGGGAUGGAAGGAGGGGAGGAGGGGAAGUGGGAGGGUGUGUGGAAGUUUGAUGUGGAGGAUGAGGGGGAGGUGGAGGUGAGUUUGAGUGUGGAUGCAGAUGGCGUGCUGGUGGUGGGUGGGGAGGAGGGGGAGGAGGAAGGGGGGGAGGAAAUUGGUGGUGGUGUGGAUGGGGAUGAUUGGGAAGAUGAGGAGAGGUGGGGAGAGGAGGGAGGGAUUAGGGAUGGUAGCAGCAGAGAUGGUGGCAGUGGGAGUGAGGGAGACUGGCAUGAGAGUGACACUGACAUCGGCAGUGAGAGAGCAAGGGGCCAUGCGGAAGGAGUUUCCCAAGGAUUAUCUCAACAAGGCUUUCAAGAACAAGGCUAUUCAAGCCAUAAGAAGGCGUUUGGUAGUGGAAAUGAGCUAAUGGGUUCGAAUACUGCUGUGUCGUCUUCCUCUACCGUUGGAGGUGAAGCGGCGUUCGACGAAUUUGAGGAGCUCUGGGAGAAGGCGACAAGAACUGGGGAGAUAACGCCACUGGAUGGCGGUAGGAAAUUGUGGUGCCUUUUCGUGAUCGCGCUCCUAAUAUGUGCGUCCAUUCACUCCGCCGACGCGAAGAAAAAGAAAAAGGUAGUAGUGGAGGAAGAGGAGGCAGCAGAUGAGGGAACCGCCGCGGCUGAGCCGAGCGACGAGGGCGACGCAGAUGAGAAAACCACCAGCAAAGCUUCCAAAGCAGAAGCUGAAGUUUCAGAGGAUGAAGACGCAGAGCCGCCUGCGAAACCCUUGAAGUCGUCGAAAAAAGCCAGCAAGCUCAAGAAGGCAGCGGAGGAGGACGAGGGGGAAGAGAAGGAGGAAGCAGCAGCAGACGCUGACGAGGCCGAUGCCCCUGCUCCGAAAAAGGUAAAGUCUGCGAAGAAGGCGAGCGACGACGAAGAGGAGGACGCAGACGCUGCACCUGUCGCUAAGAAAAACGCUGCAGCGGACGACGAGGAAUCUUCCGCGGAAACGGAAGACGAAGAGGAAGCUCCUGCGGCGAAAAAGAAGCCUGCAGCAAAAAAGAGGGCUGCCGCCGCGGAGGAGGAAGCAGGUGAAGAUGAAGCAGCCGAGGAGGAGGAUAAGCCGAGCAAGGCCGCUGUAGCUAAGGCCGCUAGCGCUAAAGAAACGGAUUCCGGGGAGGACGAGGAAGCAGAAAGCGAGAAGGUUACGGCGACUACAGCCGAUGAGGACAAACCGAAAGCUGCGAAGGGCGGCGUCACGGCUGUUUCUAAGGAGCCUCCUAUGGAGUCGGCGAAAGUCCCAGCCACGGCGUGGAAGUCGAAAAACCAGACCCGCGACGACAUUGAUCCGCAAGGUGCUUGCAAGCGGGACAUCACGCUUCACUGCCAGGGGAUUACGCCCGGCGAGGCUCAGCUGUCGCUGUGCCUCGUCUUCCACAUCAAGAACGAGAAGGCCGGCAACGAAGUCGCCACGAUCAUGGUGUCCAAGAAGUGCCGAGCAGAGAUCCGGCAGUUUCGAUCCGACAUGUACAGGGACCUCUCCAUGGACAAGGCCAUGUCGACGGCGUGCAAGGCGGACAUCACCAAGUUCUGCGACGACGACUUCCUCUAUCCGGAACCCGGCAACAUCAUUGCUUGCCUCAGGGAGGUGAAGCAGGUGGAGAAGCUGCAGGACGCGUGUCUGGCGGAGGUGCUGCGGCACCAGAUGGAGGCGGCGGACGACUUUGUGAUGGACCCGCAGCUGCGCGAGCUCUGCAGCGGCGAGGCCGACCGCCUCUGCAAGGGCGUCGAGCCCGGGGAAGGCCGCGUGCAGAACUGCCUGAUGGAGGCGGCGGACGACUUCGUGAUGGACCCGCAGCUGCGCGAGCUCUGCAGCGGCGAGGCCGACCGCCUCUGCAAAGGCGUCGAGCCCGGGGAAGGCCGCGUGCAGAACUGCGAUGGUCAGUGUGGCGCAUUGGGAGGUGCCUUAGAAAUAGCAAGGGCGUCGAGCCCGGGAGAAGGUCGCAUUCAGACCUGCCUGAGGGAGCACCGCACGAAGCUGGCGUGGGAUUGCCAGGCGGAGCUGUUCCGCCAGGAGGUGGAGAACGCCGACGACAUCCGCCUCAACGUGCGCCUCUUCCAAGCGUGCCUGAACGACCAGCGCAAGUUCUGUGCGGAUGUGAAGUAUGGGGAUGCGCGUGUGAAGGACUGCCUGGAGGACCACCGUCUCGACGACGAGUUCUCCCCUGGCUGCAAGACGGAGUUUGAGAAGAUGAUGGCGCGGAGGGCCACGGACUUCAGGCUAGAUUCGCGCCUGCGCAAGUACUGCAAGGGCGACAUUGCAGAGAUCUGCUACCCGGAUGCGGAGGACAUAUCAGACGUGGCGAACUACGAUGCCAAGGUGAUCCAGUGUCUGCAGGACUACCGAGACGAGCUCAAGGACCCCAAGUGCAAGGCGCAGGUGCACAAGCUGACGGAGAGGGAGAUCGACAUCCGCUUCAACAAGCCCCUUGCUGAUGCCUGCGAAUCUGAUCGCACCACGGUGUGCAAGGACGCACCGGACGGGCAGGCGUCGGUCUUCAUGUGCCUGCAGGACCACAUGCCGCAGCUCAAGGAGGCAUGCCGCAACUCCGUCUUUGAACAGCUGGUGCGCAUGGCGGAGGACAUAGACUUCAAGUUUCCCAUGAAGAAGGCGUGCCAGUCGGAGCUUGGCAGAGGAGAUUGA